CCGUGGGUGACUUACAUCUCUGUUUACGGCCAGCGAUGCGCUGCUCUUGGUGUCUUGUUCUUAGUUCUCCCUGUGUGCGACUUCUGCCGCUUUUCUUGUUCGUCAUCCGAUGCUGACCAGUUGGCUGAGCGUACGAUGUUGUUCUCUCAUCCACAUUGGCGGCGGCAGGACUACUAGACAAAGUUUCUCCUACAUGAGCCACUUUAUGAGACUUUUUUGUCGCCGGAAACUUUCCUUCCUGACUUCAUUCUCAGGUCACAGUCCAACCCGGAGUGACAUACAGGUUGCGCCACUACGCACUGAGUCUUGCGUAGCAGCAACGCGAGGAGCCCGUCCGCAUCACUUCCUACCCCGAGCCACUCACUGUUCUUCGGCCUCUAGCACAAUGGUGGCUGCUGGAGUUUCUCAUGGAAACCGUUCGCUGACUUACUUUCCAGCGAGAAGAGACGAAAGUGUUGUUGAAAGGCACUUCGGCGAGACCGUUGCGGAUCCCUACAGAUGGCUGGAGAAUCCUGACAGCGAGGAGACGAAGGAAUUCGUUGAGGAGCAGAACAAUGUCUCGCGACCUCUGUACCGAACGCCGAUUCGCGAGAAGUUCUUUGCAAAGUUGGAGCAGAUCUACGACUACCCAAAGUAUGGCGUUCCGUUUCGCGAAGGAGACAUGUGGUUUCACUGGUACAACACCGGGCUGCAGAACCAGCAUGUGUUGUACGGUCGAAAAUCCCUCACCGACGAAACAGCCGAGGUUGUCUUGGACCCUAAUUCCUGGACUGAGGACGGCACUGCCGCCGUAGGCAACGUGGUGUUCACAGACGACGGUUCUUUGAUGGCGUACACCCGAAGCGAGCGGGGAAGUGACUGGAAGCGAAUUUUUGUGAAGCGAGUCACAGAUGGCUACCUCUUUCCAGAUGUGCUCAAGCACGUCAAGUUCUCGUCUUUGGCGUGGUCGCCGGACAAUCGAGGCUUUUUCUACAACCGCUACGACGUGGACGAUGAAGACCAAGACGACAGCGGCAGAGCAAACGCUCAGCACGACUUCCAAAAGGCCUUCUACCACAAGUUGGGAACGGAUCAAAAAGAGGACAUUCUCAUUCUUGCCUUCCCCGACCAACCCAAGUGGCUCAGUGAGAUCACCGUUUCGUGGGAUCACCGGUUCCUCAUCGCCGGGAUUGCCGAGAGCUGCAGCCCGACAAACCAAGUGUGGAUCGCGGACUUGGACACGAUCCGAACCUCCAAUGCACAAGGCAUGUUUGACUUCUCGAAACUGAAAUGGAACAAGAUUAUCGAAAACUUUGACGCUGGAUACGAAUACCUCACCAACGACGGAACCGAGUUCGUGUUCCUCACAAACAAGGAUGCGCCGCUGUACAAGCUCGUGAAGAUCGACCUUGCAAAGCCAGAAGAAGCAUCCUGGAAGACGCUUAUUGAGGAGAGGACUGAGUUGCUGAGCUCCGCGGAUGUGGUGGACGGAGAUAAGUUGGUUCUGCACUACUUCCGUGACGUCACCUCCCAGCUGGAAGUCCGAAAUCUCCACACAGGGAAGCUGCUAGGAGAGAUUUCUCUUCCACUCGGGAGUGUGAAAAAAAUCUCUGGCGAACGCAGAUUCCCUCACUUGCUCUUCUCCUUCACAUCCUUCACGACACCCUCCGACAUCUACCAGGUCAACGUGACUGCUGCGGCCAAGAGCGGGGACUGGAGACCGACGCUGUACCGACAGACCAAGCUUGACGGAGCGGACUUGAGCCAGCUGGAAGUUCGCCAGGAGUUUUUCGAUGGCAAGGACGGCACCAAGAUCCCGAUGUUCAUCGUGCACAAAAAAGGAAUCAAACGCGAUGGCAGCAACCCCGCUAACCUUUACGGAUACGGCGGAUUCAACAUCUCAAUAACGCCGUUCUUCAGCGCCUCGUGGGUCGUUGCGAUGCUCAACUUGGGCAUGAUCAUGGCAGUUGCGAAUAUCCGCGGCGGAGGCGAAUACGGGAGGGCCUGGUAUGAGGCUGCAAUCAAAACGAAGAAACAGGUCAGCUACGAUGACUUCCAGCAAGCUGCUGAAUAUCUCAUCGCACAAAAGUACACUUCGCCUCAACAGCUGGCGAUUGAGGGAGGCUCCAACGGAGGUCUCUUGGUUGGCGCAUGCAUCAACCAGCGGCCUGAUCUCUAUGGCGCCGCAAUUAUCCACGUCGGUGUCCUCGAUCUCUUGCGCUUUCACAAAUUCACCAUCGGCCAUGCCUGGACAAGUGACUACGGUAACCCGGAAAACGAAGAGGACUUCCCUGCCAUUCUCGCAAUUUCGCCGUUGCACAACAUCGGCAAGGGUCGUGGAAAAGGUAAAGGACACCAAUAUCCGGCAGUGUUACUCCUGACAGGAGACCACGAUGAUCGCGUUUCCCCCUUCCACUCGCUCAAGUACAUCGCGGAACUCCAGCACUCUGUCGGGAGCUCUCCGAAGCAAACCAAUCCGUUGGUGAUUCGCGUCGACACGAACACCGGCCAUGGAGCAGGGAAGCCAGUGAAGAAGACCAUCGAAGAGGCGGCGGAUGUGUACGGCUUCUUGGCAAAUGCGUUGCACAUUCAGUGGCAUGAGCAGUAAACCGUAAGGUUGACAAACUGCUCUCGGCCCUCUGAGAGACCAACCAUUGCGUUGACUGGUUUGGCCAAGUUUCCACCGUGUCACCGUAGCACGCAAAAGCUAAAGGUAGCUACUGGAGGUUUCACGGAGGCUGAGCUCUGCUCUGCGAAGACAGCCCCGUCGGUAACGCAAACACUUUGUCGUAUUGCAAUACCUCAAACGUUUGUGCGUCUUUACGCGUUUUUAAUAAACGACCAAGACAUUUGAUGGAGUUCGUGUUGUAUUUUGAAUAUUUUGCCGUGCUGUCGAUUCAUUCCCUCCGUGGCGUCGCUUCCUGAGAGUGUCGCUACUUGAUAAUCCCCAGAGCUGUCCGAAAUCUGAGAGCCGCGACACCGUGCAAUAUCUGCCCAAGGGCGACGAUGGUGUCGCUGUGUUGAACAUAUGUCCGGGUGA